AUGGGCUUUGGGGAAGAUAAUUGGAGUCUAGUACGAAGAGAUUUGGUCGAUGAGCUCAUUAUGAAUGAUGCUAUCUACAUGAAUAUCCACAAAGUUCGAGAUACGUUUGAUGAAUUGGAAGCGAAAAUGAGGUGUUCGGUUACACCUGCCCCUUAUGAAAAUUGGAUGUCGUUUCCGGAUAUGGGUCAUUUUAUUGCGUCUAAAUAUGACAUUGUUCUCGUACUAAUAACGCAACUGCAGUGUCUUACAUUUCUCCCACUCUCUAGUGACCCCGUGCCAGAUGGGCAAAGACAAGAGCAUGGGAUAGCGCUUGUUGAUGGAAAUCAUUUUGUGCAUCUUGUUUUGAAGAAGAAUUGUCCUCUUCCCCUUGUAGCAGAUUAUUGGAGGCGAUACCACCACCCUAGAGCUAGUGCUUGGAAAACUAUUGAUAUGGAGUCUAGGAUUAUUGCUUUUAAAUAG